AUGAAGCUGUUUCUAUUAUUGCAUCUGGUGUGCACUCUAUUGACAAGCACUGCUGCUGCUAAUGAUGAGUUCUCUUACACAAAUGUGGACUACACGGGAUUCGCCUGCAAAGCUGCCCUGUUCUCCACGGCGGUCUAUUGCGCCGAAGAUUCUGGUUAUACGUAUCUCUGCUACUGUGACAACGACAGCGCUAUGGGCUCGUUCAUGUACUGUGCGUAUGAUAACCUGGAUUCAGACAAAGAUCGGAAGCUCAUUAGAGAGUUCUUUAUCACGCAGUGCCCCAACGUCACGGAUUCUCAAUUGCAAACUGUCUAUCAAAAUGCUUCGCAGCACAUGGUGAAUACUUCCACACUUGUUGAUUUCAAUAGCACCGAACCAAUUGACUUCCCAGUCUAUUACGACAUUCCGCUUUUCGACGCAAACUUCGAUACCUACAGAGCGUUCUACUCUAACUACAAAAAGGGUCUCCACUGGGGCGCCGCUCUCGUCGGGUACUGGGGUAUUGUCAUGUUCUGCGGUAUGGUAUCGUCCAUGGCCCACAAGUUUGCCCCCACCCUGGCUAUCUCGGCGAAUAAAAUGGCUUCUCAGAUGUGGAUUGUUCGGUGGUACAGAAAAAAUGUAUCAAUUCCAGCUCUAUUCGGCCUUAGCCAUACCGAUAGAGCAAUAAUGGGCGCUUCUCUACCAACGCGUUUAGAGUCGUUGAUAAUCUUUGGAUUUUGUACUUUAUGCAUCAUCUUCCAAGCUGCAGGUUACGAACAUGUCGCGAACAACACUUUCUUUGCUAAUAAGACGAUAGAACUCUCGCGUCUGGUGGGUGACCGGAGCGCCUUCAUUUCGAACUUUUUGAUGACUAUAACAUAUUUAUUCGCGGGAAGAAACCAGAUAUUUCUAUGGCUCACUGGAUGGAAGCAGUCUACGUUCGUCACUUACCACAAAUGGGUUGGCCGCAUGCUUUUUCUCACUGUGUUGAAUCACUCGCUUAGCAUGCUGAUCACAUUUGCGGUCGCAGGUUAUUACGAGGAGGACAAAGCUGAAGCAUGGUGGAUAUAUGGCGCUCUCGCUGUGGUUGCCGGUGGUAUCAUUGUUUUGCAGGCCAUGAGUUGGCUCCGUGUUAAGAACUAUGAGCUUUUCUUAUACGUCCACAUUCUCAUGGCUGUUGCGUUCUUACUUGGUGCUUGGAGACACGUUGAUUACUUUGGCUACGGCCCUUGGGCUUUCGCCACAGCUGCGAUCUGGUGUUUCGAUCGUUUCAUCAGAUUGGUCCGUAUCUUUUCGUUUGGCAUCAAGACCGCCAAAGUGUGCAUUGUCUCUGAUGAGACUUUGCAGAUCACAGUCGACAGAGGGUCCUGGUGGCCAUUUUUCCCCGGUGCAUUUGGGUACCUACAUAUCUUGAAGACCUCUGUCUUCUGGCAAUCGCAUCCGUUCACUGUGGUCAAGACAGACAACAAUGAGCUGCGAUUCUACGUCAAAAUCAAGAAAGGUGUCACCGAGACUCUGUACAAGGAGCUUUUGAGCCAGCCUAACUACACGGGCGAGGUCAAGAUCGCUGUGGAAGGACCCUACGGUGACAACAAGCCUGCUGAAGCUUACGAUCAGGUUUUGCUGUACAGCGGUGGUAACGGUAUUCCAGGACCGUUUGCGUAUGCCAAGGAUCUCGGUAAGACUACUAUCGAUGAAACCACCAAGUUUGUGAAAUUGUACUGGGUGAUUAGACACUGGCAUUCGAUGGAUUGGUUCUUGGAAGAGCUACAACUAUUACAAAAGUACUCUAACGUGCAGACGGUAAUUUACGUCACAAAAGCACACGAGGGAAAGCUUGGCGAGAAGCUGACUGCUCAUUUUGACAACAGUUCGCCAUCGUCAUCGUCCGAAAAGGGCUCCGAGGGACACGAGGUUGUUGUCAGCCACGACUAUUUGGAAAAUGUACAUAAACUGCUUCCUCACAUCGAAUUCAGAGAGGGUAGACCAGACAUGACGCAACUUGUCAACCAGGAUAUCGACGAGUGUGACAAUAAAAACGUUGCGGUGAUAACGUGUGGCCAUGGUAACAUGUGCGACGAAAUCCGUUACAUUGUUGCCGACAAAGUGGGUUCGCACAAGAAGAGCAGAAUUGAUAUUUUCGAGGAAUUGCAGACCUGGUAG